CUUCUUUUCAAGACCUUGUUCUAUUCAUUCUUUUAUUGAAAACCAACCCUUUUACCGAGAAAUAGUGAGUCGGGUCAUUUGUCAAUUUCCAACCACCUACACUUCGAUACACCACUGUUUUCCGUUUUCCAAGUGGUUUUUCCAUAUAAUUCAAAAUAGAUUUCUCCUAUGAGACGUAGUAUUCGGUUAACUAGUACAUCCCGUCUUCCUUGCACGUUUCAGCCGAAACGGUUGUAUUCGCUUGCAUCCGAGUCCUUAAAUAAGAAUCCGGAAAAGCCCAAAGAGGGACGUUUGGCUCGUGUCUUCAAAGAUCCUGCUGAAAAAUCGUGGAAAGAUCUUACAGCUCCUCAAAAAGCCUAUCGUACUUCUGCAAACUUUGGAAAUUUGUCAAUUAUCGUCUUCGGAGGCGGUGUGUUUGGCUUAAUCGUCUAUGCUUUGGUUACUAGUCUUUGGUCGGGAGAAGCACACUACGGUGAUGAGGCAUUCGAUUUACUAAGAAGUAAUGCAGAAUGUCAAUAUGUUUUUGGUGAAGAAAUGAAAGCUAUAGGCGCAGCUAGUCACCCAUUAAGACGCACUCAUGGUAUUUUAACGAGCAGAGUUUGGGACCAUAAAGGUAUUGAACACUUGGUCAUACAAUUUCACUUGAUUGGAAAUGGACAUAAGGGCCAUGUUUUUGGAAGACUCGCGAAUACUGGAAAGGAUUACACCUGGGAAUACUUGUACGUUGACGUACACGAUUAUGGAAAUAUUAUUCUUUUUGACAAAACAAGAUCUAUAAAGCGCCAGAACAAGAAUCUGGGUCUUUGGGGAAGUCUCAAAAACAUCAGCUGGGGAAAAUAAGCGAAGCUAAAAAACGAGACAAGUCUCCUGUUUUUUUGCUUAAAGGUUUGUACUGAAGCACAUUUCCUACUCAAUAGAUCCUCUUUUAUGUUGUUACAUUUUGCAUUCAAGGAUGCGCAAAGCAAAUAUGGCUUUUUGUGGAAAAAUAUGAUGGCUUUAAAUCCUUUUAUUUAGCGUUUUGCCGUAGAAGUCGACAAAUUAGGACUCUUGAAAAAAGUUAAUGAAAUAAAAGUUAUGUUUAUCACUGAUCAUGCAAUAUGAAUGGUCAUGGAAGUAGGCACUUUAG